CAGAGACCUGUUCCCUCCAGUCCAAGUUGUUCCUGUGUGCUAUCCUUCCAGCAGACAGAACCUUAGCUCGAGGACCGGUGGAUGUGGGGACGGCGAUGGUGAGAGUCCGAGAAAAGCGAGAGACGGCGAUGAGGAUUUCGCCAGACAUGAUGAGACGUUCGUGGAUGAAGACGUUCGCGGAAGAACUGGCUGGCUAUCGGGAAGCACCCAAAGCGCCCAGUGAGGGCGACGACUUCGUGGACAUCGUCGAUUCGCCCGACGACGGCGCGGAGCUCCACGCCGAGAUGAUCAGUGGCACUGGUGAGGAUGAUGACUUCACCAUCACCGGUGGCCCCGACGAUGUGGAGGAUUUCGCCUUCGAUCGCCAGGUUGAAGCCUUGCAAGAGGCUGUGCUCGAUGACUCCUUUCAGGAGGUCUUAAAUGCCUUCUGCAGAGAGCACUGCCACCACUUCGAGGACACUGAAGAGAACAAGCUGAUCUACACCGAUUUGUUUAACCAGUACUCUGCACUCAUUGAGGGACACCUGGAGAAGCAGAUGACAAGCGCCAUCCCUGGCUUCUCGAUGGGCGUCUUCUUGGAGGAACUGGCCCAACGAGGUGAAGAUGAGAUCGAUUGUGCAGUGCUGGACCUGCUCAUAUCUCUCAGCGAUUUCUUGUCCUUCAAGCAGCAGAUGCUCAUGGUGAAGGAGGGAGAUCCCGGCUUGAGCUUGUCUGGAACAGCCACCAUGAUCCAUUUGGACGAAGAUGAAGAAGGUGAAGCACGUCCUGAUCUCGACGGCCUUCUGACGGUCACCCCAGCAUCUCCUCAAGGCCGGUCCGGUGGAGCCCAGUCCGGUCCAGUCCGGUCGUUCGCCAGAGGAGUGAACCAACCAGUCGACCCCCCCGAACCAAACGGUCCGGUCCGGUCGCCGUGCGGAGCCGGACUGACGACUUCGUUCCGGUGCGGACGCCUCAGGCGCCCGUGGAAGACGUGGUUUUCAGGUGUCUAGGAGGGCGGUAGCAGAUGGAAGCUGCCCCUAAAAAGGACCAUGGACUUUUUCGGCAUCUCCGGGAUGGGCUCCUGUCCCAUCUCCUCAGGUGACUGGUGGGCACAGACCCCCUGGCACCCACCCCAACCAUCUCAGAAGGUGGUUGGAGCCCUAGGGUCUAACCAGCUUUGGCCAUGUUCCAAGCUUUGGGAUCUCCUGAGGACGCUUUUAGUGCUUGCAGUCGGAAAGCGGGCGAUGUUUGGGCUUCAGAAAAGGGUCGACCUGGUUCCUGCUUCUUUGGGAGGUUCAUUGGAUGUACGGGAGGUACAAGUUCUUUGGAAUGUCAAGUCAGUCGCUUUUCUUGGGGAACAUGUUGGCGGGAAAUGUGCUUUUUUGUGUCAAGUCUUUUUUGAGAAGUUAAACAUUUACCUGUUUUUCCAGCUUCGUCCUUCGCUGGAUUCUCCACGAAUGCAUUUGGCCAGUUUUUCAGGCCUUGUGCUCACAAGUUGUUUUGCUUGUUGUGAGUUUGAUCACUCUGUUGCUUUGUUGCGGUGGUUACUUCAUCAACUUAGUCAAGAUAGGAAGGCCGCAACUUUUGUGUCUUGAUCGCAUGUGUUUUUGUGGUGGCUUCCUUUUGUUUGAGUUGUCACCUGUUGAUUUGUGGCGCUGAGGCCGAGGCUCCUGAAGGUUGCAGAGAUUCAUGCAUGGAUUCAGGCUUGGCAGACACGUAUCAUUUCACGGUCCGUACAACAAAGUCCUCAAGCCUUUGUAAGAUGGUUUGGCCACGGCCACCACAUUAUCCAUCACUGAAUUUCUCUGGCCGAGCUUGAGUGCUGAAUUUAAGACAAUUGCUGCAAAACAAGAGUGCUGCUCAAGUUCAGGAUGUGAGAACUGACUGCAAAUAUCUAAUUCCAAUUUGAGUGUGGCAGGAUUGAACAUAUGAGCAACAGCCAAAACAUGCUAUGACAAAUUUGGUGAAGAGCGGUCUUGCAUUUCGCGUAGUUGGCCAAAACCUACAAAAGCGAUUUCCCGUGACCAUCAUUGGUUCUUUGAUUCUUAAAGAGCAUCCAUCCGCUCCAGCCAUUUGAGGGAUGCGAUUUGUUUUCCCUGACGGAGCAGAGAAGCAAGCAAAUUGGGGAAGAAAUAGAGUGUUUGAGGGAACAGAUCUCUCCCCGCAAUGCUUUUGGCUUGAACUUGAGCUCUUUGAAGGCCGCUCCUGUGCAGCUCUCUUUGUUCCAGGGCUUACGACAUGGCUCGCUCCAGCUCACGUGUGCUCGCUUGCGUGCU